AGUGUAGGUGUGCAGGUUGGAAUGUUCAUGGCAUUCAGUCAUGGCAUUGAUUGGCAAUGAUAUGUGGAAUAUUCUUCAUUGAAAAAUGACUAGUAGUGAUUGUUUUUGUUUUAUUCAAGAAACAGUAAAAGAUAAGGGAGGACUAUAUGGCUUGGACAUAUGAAUUGAUCCUGGUUGUACUGCUCUGGAUUCUGAAAAUCACAGAAGGACAAAAUGCUCAAGUCACCUGUGUCAUCUCUAAACGUUGCAUGCUUCCCUGCACCAUUGAACCCCAUGGAGGGGAUGUAGUGAUUCACUGGUACCAAGCUAAAAACAAUGACAAUCCAGUUCAUAGUUAUUAUCUAGGAAAGGACCAACCAUUAUACCAGGACUCAAGGUAUAGAGGAAGGACUUCACUAUUUACAGAUCUGAUAUCUCCUGGAAAUGCAUCACUCUCAUUAACUGACGUCAAGAUAGAAGAUCAGGGCAGGUACAAGUGUUACACCAGCACCACGAAGGGGAAUGACGAGCAAUUUGUGGAUGUGGAAGUGGAAGGUCCAAUCAAGUCAGUGGAUAUAACAGUGGUCAAUGACACACUGACGUGCAGUUCUGAGGGCCUCUACCCGACUCCCACCCUCGACUGGUCUACUGACCCACCCUCACAGAUACAAUCAGAGACAGCAGAGACACAAUCAAACGCCCAGGGCUUGUUCUCAAUAACCAGCAGUGUGAAGAAGACGACGUCCAACAGCACUUACAUCUGCACUGUUACAGUAGGGGAGACCACCCGGACAUCUUCACUAAAACAGCAGAGCCUUAGUGCUAAGGAAGGUGAGGAUUUGAUCAUUCCCUGCAGUGUCCCAGGGGCAAAUGCAAACCUCAAGGACUUCACACUAACCUGGCUUUUCGAUGGGAACGCAAAGGUCCUCACCUUUGACAGUCGCACGUCUCAGAGUGAAGCGUACCGCCCGUGGAAAGGCCAUGUGAAGUAUACAGACAAAGAAACAGCAAUCACACUUCACAACCUGAAUGACAACACUUUGAGUGGGAGAUACAGCUGUGAAGUUGUUACAACCAAGUUCAGACACUUAGAAGAAACAGAAGUCUUUCUGCAGUCUGAAAGAGGCCCUGGAGGUACUCACCCAGCUGCAAUAGCUGUACCUGCUGCUGUGGUAGUAGUAAUAAUUGUUGGCCUUGUAGGCAUAGUUGUCAAAAAGAAAAUAUGUGAUGCUAAGCAGGACAAUACAGAAUGUGAGCUACAGACAGAUAAGCCGUCAUCUGAAACUGGCAAUGCAGAGUCACAAAAACUGACAAAUGGACAAUAAAUCUGAGAAUAACAGGAAAUAGUAAUGUGUUUAAAACCAGAGCA